AUGCAUGCAGCGCAAUUGUUGGAAUAUUGUCCACAGAAUUCUCGCAUCGAUGAAAUCGUUGAUAGUGCAAUCAGUGUUACUAAAAGACCAACUGCUUCGAGACAAUUCAAUCCUGAUACCCGUAUCCGUCAACGAAUCAGGAGGAAGACUGAUGAUUCAGAAUCAAACGUGAUACAGUCAUCAUCAUCGUCACAUUCAAAAAGUGUCAAUGAUGUUUCAUCAGACAUUAAUCAAUCUGAUAAUGUUUCGCUUCGGCUGAAAAAUUCAAAAAAUUCAAUACUUUCACGAUUUCCCGAGGUAUUCUACCGAUGGUGUUGUUAUGGUAUCUAUUUAUUAUGGUUUAGUAUUGGUAUUUUGGCAAUUCGAAAAACUUUGAAUGCUACAACAGCUGUACGCUAUGUAAAAGAACACGGUCAUACUGUAUCUGAAGAAGCCAUUGCUAGUUCCAGUACAUUUCAAAAAUUAGUAUGGUCAUUGGAUCAUGAAUUUCGGAAACCACCAGCUAUUUUCCUUCUCAACCAGUAUGCUCUCAAUAUGACCUUCAAUUUUCUGUGCAAUACACGUGAUAUGAAUGGUGUUCAUGAAAGGCUGAUUUUUAUCACAUUAGAUCAAGUAGCAAGAGAUGUGUUAAAUAAGUACUGGCCCAAUAUAAGGCAAGUAUAUUGGCCAACACCAAGUUUGUAUAAGCCAUUCAGUUUUGCGGAAGGUGCCUAUCAGACAUUAUAUUUACUUCGUGCUAAUAUGGCGGUAUGUUUGCUGAAAAAGGGUAAAUCAUUCUGGAUGAUGCAACAGGAUACGUUUUGGUUUAAAAAUAUUUUCGAUUUGGGUUUCGAGGAAAAUUAUGAAUAUGAUGCAAUCUUUGAUCAAAUCGGUUUUGAUAAUGUUUCCCAACGAGCCGAAUGGAUUAAUGGCGCAAACUUUUUCGUACAUGCAAAUAAUAGCACCGUGAAAUUCUUCGAAGCAAUAGCUCGUAAAUUAGCGCAUUGGUAUACACCAGAUAUGGGUAUUAUGAUACAUCAGUGUCACACAUGGAAGGAACCAAAAUGUAACUAUAUCCCGCAUAAGAUUGCUAAUUCCUGGGAAUGGAUGUACACCAAUCAGAAAAAUCCACCAUACAUCCUUCAACUAGACUGUGAAACUGAUGGUGGUUCUAAAUUAAUGCAAUUAGCCAAAUUUGGAUUUUAUUUUAUGAAUAGCGAUAAUCAUAGGGUAUGUAAUCAAACUGCAGUAGAUCUCGCACGAAAACGAAUGGAAGAUGGUAAGAUUGAAGUAUCCAGAACUCGACUUAGUUGGGGUCGCUUUCAAUUCAAAGUAUAUUGGUGGAUUGUUGAUAACAUGCUUAGUACGCCGAUUUUUGGAACAUUGAUGAAGCCUUAUCUUCCACUUAUUGGUUUUAUCGUUAUGAUUACUAUUUGA